GAUUGUCAUCCCUGGGAACCAUUCGGUUUUGAAGAGCUGGAGGAUGGCCACCUCAAUUCAGUCUCGAUUCAUGCAGCUCAUAUUUGAGUCGGAGAUCGCCGAGGCGCUAGACCUUCUACAGUCGUCACUGGACGAACCAGACGGCUUCGAACAAGUCGUCGACUGCGUGGCAGCGUGGCAGGAUCUAAUUGACAGUUCCGACUCUGCACUUCGGCCGCUGCUCGAGUGCCUGGAAGACGACGAGGCGGCCGUAGUCCUUCGAGCAUUGCGCGUGGUCAAUGCGCUCAUUCAAAAAGCGCCGGAUAAAGCGCGAGCGUUCAGGAUAAAAAAUGAACUCUCAGGAUUGCAAUACGCCAACAAACUGGAGCAAUUAAGUUACGGAGCUGAUCCUGCAGUACUGAAUGAGAUCGAACACUUUCAGCGCCUUUUAAAAAAUGACAAAGACGAAUCUAUCGUAGAAAGAAGCGUUUGCUGUGAAGAUGCUUGUGUAAUGACAUCGCCGGAUUCUCUAUGGCCCUUGAUCUCAAAUCUAUACACGUUGAUUCUCGACGAUCGCACUUGCAAAAAACGUAAAGUGCUCUUGGAGAAGUUUGUCGACACUCUUCAUGGAAUAAAAACCGAGGAUGAAGCGGACUUGGUUCUUCGAGCUUUGCAGUUCGGAAUCACAGGGAAAGAAAGUGCACCACAACCACCUACGAGAAAUUCUGUUCCACUUCCACCGCCUCCUCCGCCAUCUUUGUCGGGACCGCCAAAGAAUGAGUCUCCCAAAGUAAUGAUGCCUGCUGCUCCACCACCUCCUCCGACGUCGGUCAUGAAAGGAGCAGUGUCACCUAGUCCUCCGGAUCCAGGUCCGCCGCCACCUCCUCCUCCAGCUGCACUUGGUUUCUCAACAAAGGAGAAUAUAGAGCUGCCGCAAUCAAUGAAGCCUAAAAGAUCUCCUAGUAAGACAUUGAAGAUGAAAACGAUCAUGUGGUCAAAGAUAUCUCCAACACUGGUGGUACAAGGACAGGGAUCGCAAAGCAUUUGGGGAGAAUUGGCGCGUGAGAAUGCAACUUUGAGUCUCGAUUUUGACAUGAUUGAUGGAAUGUUUUCUAUCGCACCUACUCACGAAUCUACAACUCAAAAUCAGUCUUCCGUUGUGCACUCCAAGAAAAGUUUGCUUGUGGAUCUUCUCACUCCUAAGAGAAGUCAAAAUGUCACUAUUGUGCUAAAACAGUUCAAGGAUUUGGAUCUGAUUAUAUCCGAUUUGAUCGCAAACAAAAUUGGACGCUUCGACAUCGAACUGCUGCGUACGCUAAAGAUGAUCUUGCCAGAAGCAGAAGAGGUAGAUGCUUUGCGGAGAUACACUGGAGAGGUGGCACAGCUUACUCCAGCUUGUUCUUUCUUUCUUCGUCUCAUAGAUAUUCCCAAUUACCGCCUUAGGAUUGAAUGCAUGCUGCUGAGGCUCGAAUUUCAUCGUGUUAUGGAAGACGUUGUUCCAAAUCUACAUUUGCUCAAAGUUGCCUGUACAGAACUUCGACAAUCUAGCGCACUUCGUCAUCUACUUUUACUCCUUGUCAACAUAGGAAAUUACUUGAACUCUUCCUCGUCUCAUGGAAAUGCGGCAGGUUUCAAGAUGAGCUCAUUGUGGAAGAUAAUCGAUCACAAGGCAGCAAAAGGAUCUUCUUCGCUGCUGCAUCUUGUAGCCAAGCAAGAUCCUGAUCUCCUUGGUGGACUUGAGUCCGAUCUUCAAAGCAUAACCAAAGCAUCAGAAAUUUCGGUGGAGGAGAUCAAAACGAAUUUGAGAACGCUUGAUGAGCAGUGCUCAUCACUUGGUCGUCAACUUGCGACGAACAACAGCGGCGAAUUUGCAGAAAUGCGAGAUUAUUUGGAGGAUCAUUGCCGUAUUGAGUUGGAAGAAACUAACAGAUCUCUCAAUGACUUCUUCGUUAUGCAGAAGGAUGUUGCAACAUUCUUUUGCGAAGAUGGAUCCUCUUUCAAAAUUGAGGAGUGCUUGAAAAUUUUCAAAAUGAUCAUCAUUCGACUUCGUCAAGCUCUACAGGAAAACGAAGAACGUGUGGAGAGAAGGUCUAGGAUGAAAGGUGGUGUUCUACAUGCUGAAGAAAACAUAUCAUCAAAAGAAGAAGUGACUCGGCAAGAUGAAGCAUUUUUUGCCACACUUGAAACAAAACAAAGCAAACAAAGCCGAAGACGAGUAACAGACGAGUUGACACGUGGAGGAGAAGCUGCAAGAACCGUGAGAGUACGAAAGUUUAAAGAGAGCCGAAUUAAUGGCAACGUCGACGACGAACGCGACCGCACCAAAGUUAUGGAUAAGGAGAAUAAGGAGCAUCACAAAGAGAAACACAUCAAGAUACGACAGACUGCACCUUUGCUCCCAGUAGAGGUUUCUGAUCUAAAUGAUUACGUGGAAACCAUAGAGAAGCACAGCUCACCACAACAUGGUAGAAACACAACACUAACGAAGACGUUGAUGGAGCCUCAAAAACAUGAUAUCAUGCGUCGUAAAGAAAACGGUGAUGGUAAACAUCUGACUGUUCCAACGAAACGGCCCGAGUCGCUUCCUACGAAAAAAGUUGACGAAGAAGUGGCGAGCAAAGGAAAAGAGAAUUUGCAGGUGAAUGCAAAAUUUUCCAAAAAUGUCAAAUCUGGAAGUCUCGCACAACCCGUUCAAGUGGAAAAACCAUUUGUUAAAAACAAAGCUAUCGCCAAAUCGACCAAUGUAACUGUUCAAAAGCUUGGAAAUUCUGUCUUUCCGCGGUUCUCUUCUCUACAAGCUACGAAAACUAAAGCGAUAUCGGCAGAGAGGCCACUCACAGCACAAACCAAUAAAAUUUUGCCUAUUACGGAUCGUAAACCUGCCGUCGCUGUACACAUUUCCCAUCCGGUCAAAGAAACUCCUAAUUCCAAACUUAAACCUCCCGCUCACAUUUCUUCAAUAACUAAAGCUAGAGCAAGUGCUGGGACCUCAAGCCAUGGGACUGUCGCUCCGACAAGGACAAACACCAUGCUUCCAAAAAAAGUGACACUACCACCAUCGUCUACAGCGCCGAAUCGUCGGAUGAGCAGUCCACCGACGACCAUCAGUGAGAAACAUCAAAAUAACACCCGUAGAUUAAGCCAAGCAUCACCAAAGCGAAGGGAAGAAGAGCAAUCACAAAAUGUGCCUUCAAAACCGCAUGUGUCGACCAGUUCCCGCCCUAGUCUUAUAAAAACUGGUAGUAUCAAUCAAAAACAAAGCCUUCCAAAUUUGGAUACAGCUGAAGUGCCAAAACCCCUUAGAAGAACUAUAGACUCUCACUCGCGCGAAAUGACCGCAUCUACUACAUCCAAACCAAAGUGGGUCUAAUCAAUGCUGUUCAUUUAUCGCAGGUUAUCUCUAUGCUGCAAAGGACUUUCUAACUAUGAUAUUACGUGUAAAAUCUCGAAUGUGAUUUGAUAUUGUGCUUUCCGAAUUACUUGUGUUCAAAGUCUUGGUAAUAAAACGGACUCAAAGUUGCCAUUCUUGUAGGUACUUCAUUGUCAUUGGUGAAAUUGAAGAGAGU